AUGUCAUCGUUAAACACGAUUAGUCCCUCUGUUAAGUUUGGCCUCCGUUUCUCUGGUAUCUGGCCUAGAACACCGUACCCGUUUAUACACAAGUUCAUCUGGAUGACAGUACUGUCUGCGCUUCAGAUUUAUCAAUACAGAUACAUCAUCAUGCAUUUCAGAUCUGAAGAUCUUAUGGAUCUAGUAAAUAACUUGAGCAUCACCAUGUCCAUCAGUAUGGUGCUCCUCAAGCUGAUCGUUUCUUGGGCAAAUUAUGGCGUGUUAUCUGACAUAUUGUAUACUAUGGAAGAGGAUUGUCAAAAUUAUGCCAUUAUGGAUGUGAAUAAUUUGAUAUCGAAAACAGGACAGUUCUCUUAUUAUGUGACAAGCCUAAUCAUGGGUUCGGGUUUAGUGGCCGUGAUAUUUUAUAUCACCGGUACUGUUGGAUUUCAAGGAGCCAACGAUACGAUGUCACGGAAGCUCCUUUUCAAAAUGGAUUUGCCAUUUAAGGCCUAUGAAUCUCCGAAUUAUGAACUUAUUGUAACUACACAAUUCCUUAUUCACUUUUCAGUAGGUAUUGCAUUUGGAACAUUCAGCGCUUUCCUUCUCAUGGUGGUAUUUCACGCAGGAUGUCAAAUCGAUAUCAUGUGUCAGUACUUAAUGGAGGUUACUAAUAAAAAUGAAAAUCACUUAAAAUUCUUCAUUAAUCGCUACCAAGAAAUCAUUGUUUUUACACAGAAAAUCGAGAAAGUUUUUACAUAUAUAGCUCUCGGUCAGCUUGUGUCAAACACUAUAGUUACGAGCUGUAAAGGAUUUCUUAUUGUAGUCGCAAUAAGUGAAGGACAAGGAGCGCCUAUAUUGAUUCAAUCUAUUUUAUUUUAUGCAGUUAUCUGUUUAGAGGUGUUUAUAUAUUGUUUCGCUGGAGAAUAUCUUCGUAUUAAGAGCAAGCUACUCGGUGACGCAGUAUACGAUUAUCUUUGGUACGAUUUACCGGCACGCGAAAGCCAGCUUCUGGUACCUGUCAUAUUAAGGUCUCAAAAGGGUUUCACAUUGACAUUCGGAAAAUUUUCAAAUCUCUCCUUGGAAAGUUUCGCGAAUAUUAUGAAACUUUCGACAUCGUAUAUGACGGUACUUCUGGCAGCCUAUUGA